AUGGAAGAUGCAAUUCCUGAUCAUCGUGAAGCUCUUAAAAAAAAUCAUAACAAAACUGACCUUGUCGCACGAUGGGUGAUUCCAAUAAAAGGAAAACUUUAUGAUAUUGAAUUUGAGCAUGGGAUUAUAAGUGGGAAAAGAGUGAUUUGGAUUAACGGCAAAGACAUUUUAAGAAGGGAUAUGAUGUAUCGUCUUGUUGGCGAAGAUACGUUUUUCGUUGAAGGAAAACGAUGCAUCAUUCACAUUUUUCCAUCUUCCGGAUUUAAGUAUACUUACAAAUUGUUCAUAGAUGGACUGGAAUGUGAAAUUUACAAUCAGACGCAAUCAAAAAUUCUUAAAACUUGGGAAAUAAAAAUAAAUGAUAAAAACUAUCGUGUGGUUCUUGAAAAAGAUACGCUUAAUACUUAUUUGAAUGGUGAUCUACGAGAUGAAAAGCCUGAGUUUGUUGAUGGCGGAACAGAUACUCAAUUCACAGAAGACGGUCACAUUUUCAUCGUUAGUGCUCGCAGCGGCAAUCGAAAUGAACCAAUUUGCUACAAAUUAGCAGUUAAUGGUGCAGUUCAAGAAGUUGUUUAA